CCCACUUCCAGUCCAAAGGUGCAAGCCAAACAGCGUGAAAGGGAGAUGGCAAGAUUACUGAUACUGCUUCUGGGUCUUAUGGCCGUAAGUGCUGUGCGUGGAAUAUUUAUGGAGAGACUUGCUUCCAAGAAGCUCUGUGCUGAUGAUGAGUGUGUCUAUACAAUUUCUCUGGCUAGAGCUCAAGAAGAUUACAAUGCCCCGGACUGUAGAUUCAUUAACGUUAAAAAAGGGCAGCAGAUCUACGUUUACUCAAAGCUGGUAAAAGAAAAUGAACCUGGAGAGUUUUGGGCUGGCAGUGUUUAUGAUGACCGCCAGGAAGAUGAGAUGGGAAUCGUGGGUUAUUUCCCCAGCAACUUGGUCAAGGAACAACGUGUGUACCAAGAAGCCACCAAGGUAGUUCCUACCACGGAUAUUGACUUCUUCUGCGAGUAAGAAAUUAGUCAAAACUGCAGAUAGAAAGGAAAUACCAGAAAUAAAGAAAAGAGCAAAAAUAACCAAAAAGUGCAUAUCUCUAAUUU